ACUACCAGCUCUGUUCCCGUCUUUUUUCUAAUACACCACCACCACCACGACGCAACAAGAGGACUCUCUUUUUCUUCCAUUCUCCUCCAAACGCCACAAAUAUACAGAAAGCCGGUCUUUUGCCCUCUUAAUCUACUCUCGAACCCACCUCUCUUUCUCGCAUUGUACAUUCGACCUGCUUUUUUGCCAGCCCCUCCUCUACAUAAUCGUCACACGACAUCAGCAUGUCUGCCGCCACGCUCGCACCGCCCGUCCGCCCCAAGUUCAACUCCCUCGUCACAUCAGACCGUCUGCGCGAGGGCGCUGGCCUGCGCAUGCCCGCCUCGCGCGUCUCCAACAUUCGCAAGGGCCGCACCUCGGUCUUCCGCGAGGAAAUGGGCGCCGACGACGCCAUCUCGUGGGGGCCCGACUCGUACCUCGUCGUCCCGGGCGACAAGUACUCGACACUACCUGCUCCUACUUCUUCUUCGACGGUGCUUGCAGACGACGCUGAUAAAACGCCACGCUCCGCAAAGGUCAUUGUCCAGGGCACCGCCUCAGAUGCUUCGAAGCCGUGGUACGCUAAGCUGGCAAACCGCCCGGCUCUGACCAAGAGACUGUCUGGCCAGGGCCGCAUGGCUGUUCCGAGCGUCACUCUUUCGGCGACGGAAUCAUAGAGAGAUAUACCCUCUGAACUGUUUCUUUGCAUCGUAUACAUUUCGACAAAAACGUGCGCUGAGCAACCUCUGUCUCGCUGCGCCGUGUACAUAUAUCACGUUUGGUGCGGUACCCGGGCUGGGUGCUGCAAUCUCUUUUUGGUUCUUUUCGGCACAUCAUAUAUGGCGUUUUAUUAUGGGAAUUAGUUUUGUUUUUCUUUGUUUGGGAGAGCAAAAUGAUGACUUUGUUUCGUGGGGGACGUUAAUACACACAUUUGCUGUACGUGCUACAGCGACGACACAUUGGGCUAUGGCUACGGGCUGUGCAUGGCCAGCAGGUUGAUCUUGCUCGCCGGGAUUUAAUGUGGAUGCUAUACACGAUAGACCUUUCGUAGUCAAUAAUAGGAAUAGAAUCCUUGGAUAUGAG